AUGUUCGUGUUUGCUGCGCUUGCUGGGCUUUGCCUUAGCCGUGUCCGCGGCGUGCGACCGGAACUCUCGCUCAGUCAGCAGCAGAGAGGGUCGUCUCAGCCUGGCCUGGGGCCUUGGGAGCCGAGAGGGACCAAUGUGCCGACUGCGAGCCUGGCGCAGGAGGGGCACGAGCCUUGUCCCUCCGAGUCCGAGCUUCGCUCCUGGCUCCAAGCCCUUGGCCUCAGUGGCCAAGGACAUCCGUGCGAAUGGAAAGGCGUGAACUGCACGGAGGGCUGCCAUGUCACGAAGUUGGACCUCUUGGCACGGAAGGAGAUCGCAGGCGACCUCGUGCCGGUGAAAAACUUCCGCCGCCUCAGGUAUUUGGACUUGUGCAACACCCAGGUAUCCGGUGAUCUGGCACCCUUGCAGCACCUCACCCGGCUCUGGUCCCUGUCCCUCUCCAACACCCAAGUGUGGGGCGACCUUGGCCACCUGCAGAACCUCAGCCUCCUUGAGCGGCUUUUCCUCUCCCAAACCGAGGUGUCAGGCAACCUGCAGAGCCUGCAAGGCCUCACCCAGCUCGCUCAGCUCUCUCUCUCGCAGACCCGUGUGUCGGGUGACUUGCAAGCUUUAUCGCACCUCACCGUCCUGGGUCGCCUCCACCUUUCCCACACGCAGGUCUUCGGCGAUUUGGCGAACCUGCAGAAGCUCACCCAACUCUUCUCCCUGUCCCUGUCCCGAACCCAAGUGUGGGGGAGCCUGAAGCCUUUGCAGCACAUCACCUCGGGGCUUCAGAAGCUGUAUUUAUCCCAAACUCGAGUUGCGGGUGAUUUGGGUCCCCUGCGCAACCUCACCCAUCUCAUGCGAGUGGACCUGUCCCAAACCCAGGUGUCGGGCAUCCUGGAACCCCUGCAGAACCUCAGAAAACUUCGGUGGCUGCUGCUCUCCCGAACCCAGGUGUCGGGUGAGAUGGGCCCCCUGCAACACCUCACCCGGCUGAAGCGGCUCCACCUCUCCCACACCCAGGCCUCCGGCAACCUGGGCAACUUACAGGACCUCACGAAGCUCAGUGAGUUGCACCUUUCCCACACCCAAAUCUCGGGCGACCUCGGCCCUUUGAGGCGCUUGAGAGAGCUCCAGGAUCUGGAUGUCUCCAACUCCCCCAUUGCGGGCGAGCUCGAUGCGCUCGUCAACCUAACGAAUCUGACAACCGCCGACCUAAGCCACACCAACGUCACCGGCUGGUUUUCUGCGAGAGUCUGGAAAGGCUGCUGCCAGCACCUGCGCACCCUCAACCUGGUUGCCAGCAGGGCAGGCGGCGAGCUCCCAAAAGUCUUCUUCCCCCUGGAAGUCUCGGAGGUUGAGCCGUUUCUCCCGAGCCUGCAAGAACUGGAUGUGUCUGGAUGCGAGCUGCGCGGGACCGUAGCCGAUUUCAUGCUUGCACUUGCGCCAACACCAUUGGUCAAAGUGCAUGCGAGGGCCUGCGGCCUGCGUGGUGCAAUGCCGCGUCUAGAGACUUUGCCCGCCACGUUCAUCUUCAGCGGGCGGAAUGAGACGAGACCAAGUUGGGAUGCCACCGUGCGCGGGACUCUGCAGGCCAUUGACCUGUCAGAGAACAAGAUCACCCGACUCGAGGAAUUGCCGGCGGCCUCACAAGUUCGCUUGCAGCGGAAUAGCAGGCCCCUUGUCCUUGCACCGGUGGCAGUGCAGAGAGCGCUCAGCCGACAGACAUUCCUGGACUUAUCGGGCACAGCUUUGGCAAACAAGGAGGACAUGAAGCAGCUGCUCCAGAAGGAGCUGAAGCUGCAGGAUUCCAGGUCGGUCACCAACAAGACAGAGGGCUGGGCCUGUGCCUUGCCGGUGGCCGGCACUUUGCGCAUCACGCCGCAGGUCUUUCUGCCUUUGGACAUGUGCGCGUGCCAAGCCGGAUUUUCGGGUCAUGGAGUCAACUGCACCGCCUGUCCACCGAACACUUUUGCACAGAUGGAGGGCCAAGCAAGCUGCAAGCCCUGCCCGCCGGACAGCUCCUCCAGCGGUUCUGCAACUGCUUGCGAGUGCAUGUUCGGGAGCAUGCGUGGCCCACCCGGCAAUAAGAGCUGCCAGUGCAGAGCAGGCACGGCACGUUUGGAGGAAAGGUGCGAGCUUUGCAGCGAGCUCCGUCUGGAAUGCCCAGAUCACGGACUAUUUGCAGCAGAAGCACCUCCAACACCAGGAUAUGCGCGCCUCCGGCAGCCAUCGGACAGGGCUUACCACUGCCUUAUCCCGCAACACUGUGGGAGCACGACGAUGUCAGGGUGCAAGCCUGGCUACGGCGGCCCACUGUGCACGGACUGCGCACCCGGCUUCAGAGCUUUCAGAAACGAGUGCUUCCAAUGUGGCAAGAUGUCCACCACGUCCAAAGAGCUUUCUGGCUUCGCCUUCUUAGUGGCCCUUGUGCUUGCUCUUUUCUCCAGCGCUGCCUUCUGGGCCUGCAGGCCGGCUUUGCCUUUUUGGGACCUCCGCGCUCAGAGCCUCGGCCAGCUCUUGGCCGCACAGGCGCCGGCGCUUCUGCAGCUCUUUCAGCUUUGGGCCGUCCUCGGCAAGAACCUCGUGAGGCGCGUGCCCGACGUCUCCGUUGCAGGUGACAGCAGUGAUGGUCUUCUAUCUUACAUGGAGGUCCUGCAGUUGACGGGUGCCGAGGUGCAAAAUGCCUUCGCCUUGCAGUGCAUCUUUGAUGCUCCAACGGUCCGAACGGCCUUCGCGUUGGCAACUCCGCUGGUGCCUCUGUUAGCUGUGGCCGCCUGCAUGUGCCUCGAGCUCUUCAGCCAUGGGCUGGGAAUCAGCAUGUCUUCGAAGGCUCUGACGAUCCUUUUCGUUGGGGGUGCCUCGGGUGCUGCCCAACUUCUGGACUGUCAGCGCUUGGACGGUGAAGGAAAGGCCAUUCCAGACGACUUGGCCUUUCGACCGCUCUUCCCGCGCUUGAAGUGCAAUGCGGGCGGCGAGUCGGCCUGGGUUGACUGGGUCGGGUGGGUCAGCGUCUUCGCCUAUGUCAUCGUGGUUCCAUGCCUCAUGGCACUCCUCUUCGUGAAGCAGCGAGCGGUGAUGAGGAAGGCCAAGACCUUCUUUAUCUCUGGAUCUACGGAGGUGGAGGGAAAGGUGCGCUUGAAGCUACGGAUGGGCAGCGAUGAGAUGGCCUUGGAGGACGAUGUGUUGAAAAAGCGGCUGGUUGCAGCUGCCGCUGCACACGUGGCCGUUCAUAUUCGCGGAGGCGCUCUGGUCGAGCUUCACAAGGAUGCAGUGACUGUCAGUGCUUUGCCGGGGAGCACAUGCGGGUUUGACGCCUUGAGCUUCGCUGGUGUCGGUGACCAGAAGGAGGCGGAUAUACUGAGCCGGAAUGAUCUUAUGCAAAUGCUGACGGAGCGCACCAUCCUUGAGGAGAACGCUUUUGACAGAUCGUUGAUGGGCACCAAAGAUCUGCUUUGCAAGUACGCGCAGUGUGACAAGGUCUGGAUGGAGGUGUUGCUGAAAGCAGCCUCUGCGUUGAUGGUCGCAGUGGCUACCAUGAAUUCCAGAUGGCUCGCAGUGGCUGUUGCCCUUACAAUGGCCGCUGUAGUCGCUGCAGCCAGCCCGUUCGCACAGCCGCAGAUCAACAUGCUGCAGUGCCUUUGCUUCUGCUGCUUGGCAUUAGCUGCGGUGGGCUUCACGUGUGAGGGUCUGCUCGGCGUCUGCCUCACGCGCCUGGCACUUCUGGCCCCACUGCUUCUUGUGGCGGCGCAGCUGCCAUACCCAGACUCGGCGGAGUCCCUUGCGUUGCGCUUGCAGAAGGAGCUGGAAGAGAAGAUGUCGGACUUGAAAGCCGGUGAGAGCAUUGAAGUCUGCGCGGAUGAAGUCCGGCUCCUGUAA